AUGGCGAUGGGAUUUGGCGCGGGUGGCAGUGGCAGCGGCGGCGGCAGUGGAGGAGGCGGUGGCGGUGGUGGAGGAGGUGGAGGCGGCGGUGGCAGCUCUGCAGAAGGCGGUUCCGGGCGAGACCGGGAUCACUGCAACAAGACGGUGGACAUCUUCGAGGACAUCAGCUCGCCGGAGGUCAACAAUCAAAAUGUGGGCCGUCCCCUGACCUGCUGGUACCGCUUCCGUACCUUAAAGGGAGCGCCGCGCGACUUUGUGCUCCGCCUGCGAUUCAAGAAGUUCAAAGUGGGUCAGCUCCUGAAUGCCACCCACUGCGAGGGUGGCUAUUUGCAGAUUGUUGACGGCAACGCCAAGACGGAUGUCUCGAACCGCCGGGAGCCGGGAAUGUUUUGCGGAGAGGCGGAGCAGCCGCAGACAUUCAUCAGCGAGACUAGUUACGUGAAGGUCCUCUUCCACACGGACAACUUUACGGAUCAGACCUACUUCACAUUCGAUUCACGCGCCGAGCAGCAAACCGAGGUCUAUCUGCGAUAUGGCCAACAUCCGGAAUUAUAUCCAAAUCGUCGCGGCGAAGUUGUCCAGGGAUCCUACUGCGAGCGUGAGUAUCGGGAUUGUCGCCUGCAGACCUGCUAUGUCCAGUCACCCGCAUAUCCUGGCCUAUAUCCCCGGGCCCUCAACUGUCGCUACAAGCUGCACACCCGUCAGCCUUACAUCAAAUUGUAUCUGCAGAAUGAGCAGUUCGCCGUGGAUGGCCAGAGAUGCGAGAAUGUGAUGACCUGCCCCAUCCGACCAAUUGGCUCCGGUAAUGAGCACUGUCCCUACGACUGGCUGGCGGUGUACGAUGGACGCGACGAGCACUCCCCGCUGAUUGGGAAAUUCUGCGGCCUGGGCAAGUUCCCAUUCAGCAUUAUCGGCACAUCACAAUACAUGUAUGUGGAGUUUGUGACAUCGCCGGCGGGCCCUCUGCUAAAUACGGGCUUCCAUUUCAACGUUGGCAACUGGCCAGGCCAUGUGGAGACGGCGGGGAUCAAGCACGGCGUCUGCGACUGGCUCCUCAGCUCCGACUCGCUAAAGGACAGCAGCGCCAGCGAGGGCAUCUUCCUUAGCAUCGCCCACUGGUAUCCGCCGAAUACCUCCUGCAGUUAUCACAUCAAAGGACAUGUCGGCGAAAUUGUGCGCCUUUAUUUCCCCAGUUUCCGCAUCAAUCGCAUUGAAUCUCCCAUAUUAAAAUACGAAGGCGACUGCGGCGAAUCACUCACAAUUUACGACUCGGAUCACGCGGAUCCCGCGAGGAUUAUCAAAACCUUCUGCGACACUUUCUCGCGGCCCAUGGAAAAGGUGGACUUUGUGAGCACUAGUCCUUCACUGUACGUUCAAUUCGACUCUAAAACCGGCAGCUAUAGCGGUAGCUCACUGUACUACUGGGCGCACUACGACUUCUUUAAUAACACGCGGUUCGGAGACCCGGUUCCCAAUACCCUCUGCGACGAGGUGAUGUAUGCCUGGAAACAUCCUGGCGGCCGCCUCCGCUCACCGCUGAAUUCCCUCAUCUUCAAGCGAACGGGCGGCAGUGAUGUUCGCUGCCAAUACAAGUUUGUGACGGAUCGAAGGCUUUAUGCCCGGGCCAUUAUCGAGGUGAAUGCGGUGUCCUUCAAGGAGCUGCCGUACAAUAGCAACGCCUGCACUCGUUGUCACGAGGAGCGUGUAGAUAAGCUGGUCAUCUGGGAGGAGCGGGACAAGUACCAGAACAACCUGGCCUGCUUCUGUGACAAUAUACCGCGAGCGGUGAGGGUGAUCUCCUCGGCGGACCAGAUGAAUCUGGAGAUGAUUGUGCAGGGCCAGCAUGCCAUAACGUCGUACUUUAAGAAUCCGAAUCCCCUGUUCGAGGCCACCUACGAGUUCGCUCAUGGUCCUCUGUGCGGACCCAUUACCCUGGGACCCUCGCCGGACGGGGAACUGGUCUUCCCAUACAAGAAGGCCUUGGCCAUGGUGUCGGGUCCGAUGGCUCCGCCUGAGCAUCAUUAUCGGCGGGAGAAGUGCAUCUGGGAGCUGAAGGUGGCCGCCCAGCGGGACCUCUGGCUGAAUCUGGAGAAGGCUCGCUUUGCAGAUCGCAGCUGUGAGAGUGCCAAGAUCGAAGUGUAUCUGGCGGGUCGCCUGGAGCCUCGUUUUGUGGUCUGUCCGGAGAACAUAUCCUUGGCCAGGGACUUGCCCAUUCUGACCACAGCCGAGCUGGGGGCCACGGGCGCCGAUCAGGAGCCCCUGCCCGUGCUCAUCCAGUACACGGGCGACGGUCAGCCGGGACGCAACAUCUUCCGGCUGGUUUGGACCGAGCUCUUCCACCUGCCCCGCAAUCCCGACGGCAGCCUGGCCGCCUCACUGCUCCAGGACGGCGGCUGUGACUUCCGGUGUCCCGGCGACACCGAGGUCUGCAUUCCCCGGCAUCUGCUCUGCAACGGCAUAGCCAAUUGUCCGAAUGUGACGCACACCUCCACGCUGUCGCAGCUGACGCGGCACAUCGAGUGGAAUCUGGAGCAACUGGGUCUGCUACAUCAUGCCGGAGAGUACCGGCAACUGGUGCUGCACGACGAAUCCCCGGAGAUCUGUCUAAGGCGUGAUCUCAGCGAGCUUCCCUACGGCAAGUUGGCGUUGAUAACGGCGGGGCUGUGUCUCAUGUUUGCGCUGCUCUUUGCCAUCUUGCGAAGGAUGUGCAGGAGGUCGCCAAAGCAGCAGGGCAGGCAUCACCUGGAAGAGGAUUACUAAGGAUCAAUUGGUGGACAUUUCAGAAAGGGAUAUUUUUUGCAAAUGUUCUGCCCCAAAAAAGAGAAUUUUGUGUGAAGUUUUGACACGUGUUUUAAGUGGCGAAUAUUUUAGACUUGCCAUUGUUUGUUCUUGAAUUUAGGAAAGCAUGAAAGAAGUUGCUAUAUGAUUAAUUUAUAUUUAUAAUAAUUUAUUUAUAUUUAUAAUAAUUUAUUUACAAAAUCAAAGACUUCUUUAAAAGCCUUUACGCAUCUUGUUUAUUUAAGUUUAAAUACAAAUUAAACAUUUUGAAUUAAAAUCAAUAACUUAACUGGUUUUCCUUGUGUUUAAAAUAUUAAAUAUUAAAAUACAAUAGAGAAUUUAGAUGAACUAACAAUCUUUUCCUUCAAUAAUUUAAGCAAAGAUUUUUUUUUUUAAUUUUUAAACACAUAUUAGAAUGCAGAAUAAAAUACCUUUGGGGUUUACAAAGAGUCCCCGCCCAGUGCACUGCCACAAACCAUUGCCAACUCUUCUUUUAGAAACCUUCUUUAAAUAAAAUUUAAAAUUUCAAAUUUUUCCCAUACACUUCAAUUUUGAAUAGGAAAACCCCUCUAUAACUAUGUAAGUAGCUCUGCCCAGUCGAGUCUAUAACUUUCGCUCUACGUGACAUCUCUAAUGAAUAUUAAUUGCAAAUAAUUGUACGAUAAAAACUAUUAAAAAAAUAAACAACUCACAAACAUAUAAAUGUUUUUAAAAAACACACAUUCACACAAAGAAAAUGAAUAAAUUAAUAAUAAAAAACAUGGAAAAUUGUCACGUGAUAAUUGUUGAAACGAGGGAAAAGAAGGAAAAUACUUUAAAAGCGGCAUAAAGCGAAUAGUUUUAAAUUAAGGUAGACAGAGACGAUGACAGGAAAAAUGACAAAAAACUAAAGCGAAAAUGAAAACAUUUAAUUCAAAGUAAUAAUAAUAAUAAUAAACAAUUGUUGGUGGUUUUUAUUAUUAGUUAUUAUAUCGAUGAUAAACAAUACGAAUAAAUUGUACUAUUAUUGGCAAAUUGUCAAGCAAAAACCAGGCAUAUAUACAUACAUACACAUAUAUACAUGCAUAUGUAUAUAAUGUACGAUAUAUACAAUACAUAGGGUAUAUUUUUUGCACAUAGAUUUACCUAGACCAUAAAACCAAAAAUUCCCCAAUAAGGAAGGCCCCGAAUUGUGGCGGGAAUUUUAGAGAAAACCCUCUCUCUCUCUCAACGGAAAAUUGUAAAUUGCAACCAGAAAAUGGUUCUCUAGAGUGUAAGUCUAUAUAGAAGUAGGUUCUUAAGAAUCUAAGAGAGUUGGCAGAGCUGUCAAGAAACCAGAUUCCCCUUAAUUCCACGAAAAAAGAAAUUGUUGACAGAAAACUCCCCCACACAGAGCCCGUUUUAGACUCCUUUAAGGUACAUCGACCCCCAAUAAGAUAUGUAAAAACCCCGAUGAAACAUAUAAACCGCAGAAAAACCAAGGAAAUGUUACAGAAAUUACCCCCUAAAACAAAUAAGAAGAAAUACUUGGAAAUUAGGACACAUAUUUUAGUGUACGUCAGAAUUAAAUGUAUAAAUAAAAGUAU